UUCUUUGGAUACUCAAACUUUCAAUUCCCAUAUUUUUUGCUUGUUUCAAAGUCUCUCCACAAAUUAAUGAGGCACCAGAGACUUUGAAAAAUAAAACCUCUUCGUCCGUUUACUCCAUUUCCAUACAAGGCAUGUUCUAAUUGGCUUGUUGAGUUGAAUAUAAAUAUUGCACAAAAUAACUUGUACAUUCCAACAACUCCAUGGACAGCCCUUACUGCCUAGUUAUUCUUGCAUUCUUUUGCUUUAUUCUUGUAAAAGCUCAAUCAUUUGAUUUUGUUUACAAUGGAUUCAAUAACUCAGAUAUCAUCACAGAUGGAGGUGCAUUUAUCAAUCCUAGUGGAGCACUUAAGCUCACUAAUAGAACAUAUCAUGUCAUAGGUCAUGCUUUCCACCCCAAUCAUAUACCUAUUAAAAGCUCCACUAGUGCUAAAAAUGCUUCUUCAUUUAGUACAUACUUCGUCUUCGCCAUUGUCCCUCUUGCGGAAACUUCUGGUGGCUUUGGCUUUGCUUUCACCUUAUCUCCAAACCGGGGUUUUCCGGGUGCUCAGAGCAAUCACUUCCUUGGAGUCUUCAACUCGAUGAACAACGGCAAGGAUACUAACCACAUCUUUAUGGUUGAAUUUGACACUGUGAAUGGUCGCAAUGAAGGUGUGGACGCAGACGGAAAUCACAUUGGGAUCAAUAUCAAUCGUGUGGAGUCUAUCGCAUCACAAUCAGCCGAUUACUAUAUUAAUAACACUGAUAUUACAGAGCAGGUAUAUCUACAAAAAGGAGAAUCAAUUCAGGCUUGGAUUGAUUAUGAUGGAGUGAACAAAGUGGUAAAUGUAACUGUAUCUCCCAUGUUAGUUUCAAAACCAAUUAAACCUCUGAUCACUCAUAAAAUAGAUUUGUCCCCUGUGUUGACGGAAAAUAUGUAUGCUGGUUUCUCAGCAGCCACGGGAGAUAAAGCAAGCUCUCAUUAUAUCUUGGGUUGGAGUUUUCGGUUGAAUGGAACUGCUGAUCCUUUAAAUCUUGCUAAGCUACCCACUGCCCCACCUGAAGAGCCAACAUCCUCCAAGAAUUCCCAUCUCAAAAGGGCCUUGAUUGCAUCAUUUUCCUCUGUGAUUAUCCUUCUCGUUGGGGCAUUUUAUAUCUAUAGAAGGAUUAGGCAACAUGAAGUUCUAGAGGACUGGGAGCUGGAUUGUCCUCACAGAUUUCGAUAUAGAGAUCUUUACAACGCAACCAGGGGAUUCAAGGACAGCGAGCUGAUUGGAGUUGGAGGAUUUGGUACUGUUUACAAGGGUGUUUUGCCUACUAACGGAGCCGAGGUUGCAGUGAAGAAGAUAUCAAGCAAUUCUCUUCAAGGAAUGAGAGAAUUUGUAGCUGAGAUCGAAAGCUUAGGCAGGCUAAGGCACAAACACUUGGUCAACCUUCAAGGCUGGUGCAAGACCAAGAAUGAUCUUCUCCUAGUGUAUGACUAUGUCCCAAAUGGGAGUCUUGAUUCAUUACUUUACAGACAGAAAAGGGACAUUGUUCUAACAUGGGAUCAAAGAUUUAACAUCAUUAAAGGGAUUGCUGCAGGGCUUCUUUACUUGCAUGAAGAAUGGGAUCAAGUGGUAAUACAUCGUGAUGUGAAGAGCAGCAACGUCCUAAUUGACGGUGAAUUGAAUGGCCAGUUAGGGGAUUUUGGACUAGCAAGAUUAUACGACCAUGGCAAAAAUUCACACACUACUAAUGUUGUUGGAACAAUAGGGUACAUAGCACCAGAAUUGACACGUACAGGGAAGGCUUCAACGAGCACGGAUGUGUAUGCAUAUGGUGUACUACUUCUUGAAGUAGCUAGUGGAAGACCGCCUAUUAUCUAUGAAUCAGGGAAAGGAGCUUUAGUACUAGCUGAUUGGGUGAUAGAAUGUUUACAACUAGGUAAUAUUAUUGAUGCAGUUGAUCCUAGGUUGAAUUCAGUCUAUGCAGAUAAAGAGGUUCAAAUGGUUUUGGGGCUGGGGCUUGUUUGCUCUCACUCAAGACCAGAAGCUAGGCCAACUAUGAAACAAGUAAUGAAGUACCUCAAUGGAGAUGAAUCACUUCCAGUUUUUGAGCAGAGCUCUAAUGGAUCUGAUAGAGUUGAUGAAAUCACAUCCAAGUUCUUGGAAGUGUUUACUACUGAUACAAUCAAUAUAUCACGCCGCUCGCUAUCCAUUGGGCAGAUAUCAUCUAGUUCGUUAAACGCUGGUAGAUAAAAGUUCUGUAUAAAGGACAUACGCUCUUCUUUUGUUUUGUUCGAUCAAAGCGAUUGCAGCGAAGAAUUGAUCUGAGUGAAGUAGCUUCUAUUUACCCAAAAUCCUCUUUUUCUUUCUCAUAAUUCUGCAAUUUAGAUAGGACUUCUAUUUCUGGACACAUUCAACUUUCACAGGCUAACAAGGAAGAGGAACAUAUCCCACUUAUCACAUUCUAUAUUUUUGUUUAAUUACAAACUCUUUUUACAGGAAUUCUUAAAUGGCUUAAAGAUAUAGAUUCUAAA